AUGCAAGUCGGCUCUCUCCUCCAGCAGUUGGAUCCCUCCCAUCUCACAGCACCUCACAGGUCUCCUCCCGGAGCAGUGCAUUGCUGGAGCGAGGAGCAGCUCACGAAUCAGCUGCAGGUCCCUGUUUUGAAAAGCAGAGAUACAGAGGCAAAGGAAAAGGAUGGACUCCUAUGUGACCUGGUCUUAGAUCAAGACAAUCACCAUCUGAAUUCCAGAAGCCCUGUUCAUGUUUGGGGAUAUUUUUUCGGCUGCAUGGAACCAGAGAGAAGCCAAAGGAUGGGAAAUGCCUGCAUCCCCCUGAAAAGAAUUGCUUAUUUCCUAUGUCUCUUUUCUGCGCUUUUGCUGACUGAGGGGAAGAAACCAGCGAAGCCAAAAUGCCCUGCUGUGUGUACUUGUACCAAAGAUAAUGCUUUAUGUGAAAAUGCCAGAACCAUUCCACGCACCGUUCCUCCUGAUGUUAUCUCAUUAUCCUUUGUGAGAUCUGGUUUUACUGAAAUCUCAGAAGGGAGUUUUUUAUUCACACCAUCGCUGCAGCUCUUGUUAUUCACAUCGAACUCCUUUGAUGUGAUCAGUGAUGACGCUUUCAUGGGUCUUCCCCAUCUGGAGUAUUUAAAUAUUAUGACCUAUUACAGAUUCAUUGAAAACAACAACAUCAAGUCCAUUUCAAGACAUACUUUCCGGGGACUAAAGUCUUUAAUUCACCUGAGCCUUGCAAACAACAAUCUUCAGACACUUCCAAAAGAUAUUUUCAAAGGCCUGGAUUCUUUAACAAAUGUGGACCUGAGAGGGAAUUCAUUUAAUUGUGACUGUAAACUGAAGUGGCUGGUGGAAUGGCUAGGCCACACUAACGCAACUGUUGAAGACAUCUACUGUGAAGGCCCCCCAGAGUACAAGAAGCGUAAAAUCAAUAGUCUCGCCUCCAAGGAUUUUGAUUGCAUCAUUACAGAAUUUGCGAAGUCUCAGGACCUGCCUUAUCAAUCACUGUCUAUAGACACUUUUUCCUAUCUGAAUGAUGAGUAUGUAGUCAUUGCUCAGCCUUUUACUGGAAAAUGCAUUUUCCUUGAAUGGGACCAUGUAGAAAAGACAUUCCGGAAUUAUGACAACAUUACAGGAACAUCUACUGUAGUGUGCAAGCCUAUAGUCAUUGAAACCCAGCUCUAUGUUAUUGUGGCCCAGCUGUUUGGCGGCUCUCACAUCUAUAAGCGAGACAGUUUUGCAAAUAAAUUCAUAAAAAUCCAGGAUAUUGAAAUUCUCAAAAUCCGAAAACCCAAUGACAUUGAAACAUUCAAGAUUGAAAACAACUGGUACUUUGUUGUUGCUGACAGUUCAAAAGCUGGUUUUACUACCAUUUACAAAUGGAAUGGAAACGGAUUCUACUCCCAUCAGUCCUUACAUGCGUGGUACAGGGACACCGAUGUGGAAUAUCUAGAAAUAGCCAGAACACCUCAGACACUCAGAACGCCUCAUUUAAUCCUGUCCAGUAGUUCCCAGCGUCCUGUAAUUUAUCAGUGGAACAAAGCAACACAAUUAUUCACUAACCAAACUGACAUCCCUAACAUGGAGGAUGUGUACGCCGUUAAGCACUUCUCAGUGAAAGGUGACGUAUACAUUUGCUUGACAAGAUUCAUUGGUGAUUCCAAAGUAAUGAAAUGGGGAGGCUCCUCAUUUCAGGACAUUCAGAGGAUGCCAUCGCGAGGAUCCAUGGUGUUCCAGCCUCUUCAGAUAAAUAACUAUCAAUAUGCAAUCCUCGGUAGUGAUUAUUCCUUCACACAAGUGUAUAACUGGGAUGCAGAGAAAGCCAAAUUUGUGAAAUUUCAGGAAUUGAAUGUUCAGGCACCAAGAUCAUUCACGCAUGUGUCCAUUAAUAAGCGUAAUUUUCUUUUUGCUUCCAGUUUUAAGGGAAAUACACAGAUUUACAAACAUGUCAUAAUUGACUUAAGCGCAUGACCCACCAAAUUCUGUGGCUGCCAUCAGCAACUUUCUACAGUACAUGAUCCGGAUGAAUUCAAUGCAUGACGACUCUUCUUAUCACACUUGCAAAUGAAUGCCUUUCAAACACUGAGACUGCUAGAACCAUGCACUACCAGUAUCUCCAUCCUUAACCGUCCAGUCCAGUGGUGUGGGAAGGUACCUUUUAUAAGACAAAACUGAAUUGUGUAACUGUUCUUUGCAGUGCAGAUGUGUAAAUAAGCGUUUAAUGGUAUCUGUUACUCCAAAAGAAAUAUUAAUAUGUACUUUUUCAUUUAUUUAUUCAUGUGUUCAGAAACAACUGCCAAAUAAAAUGUUUACAUUUUCUUUCAUAUCCCAAAGGUAAUUAUUUAAAGGAGCUGUUUUCUUCUUGGUGAUGGUAUUUUGAGGGAAUAGUUUUAUACAAUAGGGUUAUGUUUGGAUCAAUAAUUUAUUGUGUGAAUCAUGAGUGAAGAUGAAACACUGAUAUUGAUUACCCAUAAUUUAUAAUUUAUGAACAUGUUUAUCAGCUGAUUUUGAACAUUCAAAGGUGUUUCCAAAAGCCAUUGCUUUUAGGAACACUUUGAGGUGAAAUGGUGACAGAUUAAAAGAAGGGUAGAGAAACUUGCCUAUUAUAAGAAGACUAAUUUGAAAUAAAGAACAAUAAGACCCAUCCUUUCCUCUCUGGUAGCUCCAGCUGAAAACAUCAUUCAGACAACUUAUAGGAGAAGCUAAAGUCAGGAUUUUGGAUUUAAAAAACCCUAUUCAGGGAUUUUCUAAAUGUCUGACUCCAGAAUCAUCUGAAAGCUGAUAAAGAUUGUAAUCUUACAGCACUUGCCUCAAGUGUACCUGAUAUGAAGGCUUCUUACUCAGAUCAAGGAAGCUUCACUUCUAGACCCAGUUUUGGCACACGACUGAUCAGGUGCAGAGUCCCCAGGAAGCUCCUAUUUGAUUUUCUAAAGUCCUGCUCCUGGAUCACCUGGGCUGUUAAAGCCUCACAAUGCCUGUGAUAGAACAGGCUCUCAAAAACUGUUUUCAAAGAUGCACAUAUGUCCUCUUGUUAUAAUUUCAUAGCAAACCUCAUGAGCCUUUUAAUCUAUUCAGCCAUUUAUUGAGUACCUAUUAAGAAUGGCUAUCAUUCUGGUGGUGGCAGGGAGGAGAACUGAAAAAGAGUAGGACAUGGUCUUUGACCUCUGGGGCCUUAUUAGACCAAUUGGAGGUUAGGGCACAAAAUUUAAGCAAGCAGUGAGGGCCAAGUAUCAUCUGACCAUUAUAAGUGUCACAGACUCUCAAAGAAGAGUUCUUGGAAAAAAGUGGUCCUUGUCUGAACUUAAAGAGAAGAUAUGAUUUCAAAAGAGGAUCAUGGCAGAGAAUAUAUUUCUGGCACGAAUUGGUUGUGUGCCACCUUCACGGAGGGGAUCAGAGCUCCCUCCAGCUUAUUGCUCCCCAGAUUCUUUUACCAAAUGAGUUGGGAGGUGUGGAAGGGUAGAGAGCCACCCCACUGCCAGAAUAUAUCUGGCAAACUCGAGGCAUCAAAGUUACACACCAAAGUUACAUAGGUUCUGAGAAGCAACACUUUGUGGAGUUAGGCACAGGAACCAGAUUCCUUUAUCAGGUGGGAAGAUAAUAACUCCAACAUUGGGGUCAUGGGGGAGAAGAAAACUUCCCAACUCCUGAUCCUGUACAUAGGAAGAAUUGGCCUUUGACUCCUACUUUUUUCAGUUCCUUUUUCCUAUAAGCAGCAUACAUGCUGUUUGAGAAUACCUGCCCCAUACAGACUGGGUUGAAGUCUGGCCCUGCCAUUUACUGGCUUUGUCCACAGGCAAGUUACUUAACCUCUCUGAGUCUCAGUUUCUUCAUCUGCAAAAGGACAAUAAUGCCUACUCCAAAUCAGUGGAACAAUUAAAUGAUAUAGUGAGCACAUGGUAGAUUAAUUUUGCAAAUAUGUACGCAACAAUAGCUCCCAUCCUACACACUCUUGAGAAACUUGUCCCCACCCCAUCAGGUCAUGCCUAAUUCCCCUAUCCUUAAAUCUGUAUGGGCUUGUGACUGAUAGAAUGUGGGAGAAAUGAUCCAGUUGGACUUAAGACUAAGUCAUAAAAAUGAUAAAGCUUCUGCCUUGUGAACUGGGACAACUGCUUUUGGAGCCCUGAGCUGUCAUGUGUGAAAUCUUGCUAGCCUAAGGCCACCAUUCAGAGGAAGCCCAGACUUUGGUCAAUAGCUCCAGUUGCGGUUCCAGCCAACAGCCACAUCAACCACCAGUUCUACGAGCGAAGAUGCCUCUGGGUGAUUCUAGCCCCAGCUGACAAGUUACCACCAGCCAUCAAACCUUUCCAACUAAGGACCCAGGCAUUAAGGAGCAGAGAUAAGCCAUCUCCAUGGUGCCUUGUCCAAAUUCCUGACCCAUAGAAUCUAUGAGCACAAUAAAAUGGUUGUUUAAAACUGCUAAGUUUCGGGGGUGAUUUGUUACACAACAGCAGUGAUCAGAACAGCACAUGGGGUGCUCAACACAGAACUUGGCAUAAAUUAGCACUCCCCAAAUGCUAGCUAUAGCGAAUGGGCUCCACACCCAGAAUAUUGCAUGCUUCUGGAUCAUGCUCUACCUUAAUGUCUUAAUGUAAUUCACUUUAUUUCAUUUUUGAAGGAUAUCACCUGUUUUCAAUAUGUUAACCAUGUUCUUACUCUGUGGCAGGCACUCUGCUGAGUUCAGUGAUACAGAGAUUAAGACCUAGACUCUGCCUUUUUUGUUUUCAUAGAAGUAUAGACUAUUUAAAUUAGUUAACUGACUCUCUAGUCUACUUGAAACCUGAGACCCAGAGAUGUGAAAUGAGCUGUGUGAGGUAGGCUACUACUCCUGCACUGCUUCACUUGGUUCAGAUCUUUCUCCAUCAUGUGGUUCUCCCUUUCAAAACCUCAUCCUCUAAUCUGAAUCUUGGACUGCAGAUGGGGAGAACAGCGAGGAUGAGGAGGCUAAGAAAACUAAUUCAAGAAAGACUGAGCGGGGGGACAUAUGGUAGGGUUCACUUCUGUAGGAACUGACCGGUCUUCAGAGUGCUGUUCCCUCUUCCUGUAUCCCUCAUCCAACGUGUAUUAUAUAAUCCCGCCCCCUCUCUAGCCACAGAUGAUUGGACCUGGACUGAACUCCUGAUCCAGGUGUUUAACUCAGAAGUUGGGCUCAACCUGAGCCAAUCCACUUCUCUCUCCAGGUAUUUGGAAUGCGGAGAGCAGAGGCUGGGUUAGUUAGCCACGGGCACCAGAUUUGUAAAAUGAUGAUCUUAGGUCAAAUACCUCAAAGCAGAGGGGUUUACUGAGGGAGCGCUCUCAGGCUGUGCCUGUAAGGGAGUGAGAAGAGCAUGGGGCAGCAGAAGACGCCAUGCAAGGAUGUCAUUUCAGGAGCAGCUAGCUUCAGCAUCACCCCACAGGCAACUCUAGAGCAUGAAUUGUACCACAGAGUGUGUCCUGCCCUGAGGCAAGGGGAAUGGGAGUUCAUACCCCUCAUCUGACAGUCAUUGACGAAAGAGUGUGGAGCAUAACCUUCCAGACAUCUCCAGCAGAGAAGGUUCCAUUCAGCUAAGGGCAAUCCUCCAGAGAAGGGCACAAAUGUGAGCUGUUAUUAACCAACACCCAUGGCAGCUGCAGGAUGGGUGCAUCAACCUAGUAAAGGGCAUCUGGGUGGGACACCAACAGCAUAUGCUGCAGCAAUGUUGACUAAGGCCCUGAAGACACCAUUUUGGAGCAGCCAUGAUGGUCCACAUACCAGAAGAGCAGGAGGAAGCUGGUCCGAAAGUGAGAAGAGAAUGAACUUAGAGAAGAGAACUCAGAGAGGAGCAGAGGUGAAAAACUACACAGUCUGAGGGAGAGAAAAAAGAGGAAAGAAAAGAGAGAAAGAGUAUGAAAAG